AUGGGGCUCAGCGAAGCAGAAUGGCAGUUGGUGCUGCAUGUCUGGGCGAAGGUGGAGGCUGAUCUCUCAGGCCACGGGCAGGAAAUCCUCAUCAGGCUCUUUAAGGGUCAUCCUGAGACCCUGGAGAAAUUUGACAAGUUCAAGCACCUGAAGUCAGAGGCUGAGAUGAAGGCCUCAGAGGACCUGAAGAAGCAUGGCCACACCGUGCUCACCGCCCUGGGGGGCAUCCUCAAGAAGAAGGGUCAUCAUGAGGCGGAGCUGAAGCCCCUGGCCCAGUCGCAUGCCACCAAGCACAAGAUCCCCAUCAAGUACCUGGAGUUCAUCUCGGACGCCAUCAUCCACGUUCUGCACAGCAAGCAUCCUAGUGACUUUGGUGCCGACGCCCAGGGAGCCAUGACCAAGGCCCUGGAACUGUUCCGGAAGGACAUCGCCGCCAAGUACAAGGAGCUGGGCUUCCAUGGCUAA